UAGGCCAUUGAACAAUAGAAGCACAGGAGGCCGGAGGCAUGAAGGUCUUCUAACCUGGAAGGAUAAAUCCCAAGGCUUUUUUGCCUUGUCGCGCUGGGGUCCCAAAACCCAGGCCAGGCCGUAUUUCGCUUUUGUGUCCUCUUACUACUACUCUUCCAUGCCCACCCUAAACCACACUUUACAUGGAGAAAUAAGCACUUGAAUAAUGAAACAAACGCAUGACCCAAGUCAUAGGACGGUGUUUGGUGGAGAAUUAGUCCAGAGCCAGAGCUCUCCAUGGAUGGAAUGCUUAUUGGGGUUCACUAGUGAGUCCAUUUAACCAGCGCCAGCGGCCAGCGGCUGGGUUUGGAGGCUGAGCUGUAAACAAUGACUGCCCCAAGAGGCCUUCUCAAAUCUGAAGCAAGGUCACAGUGACUGCAGCUCCUUUGUACUAAGUCAGGGCUCUUUCCCCCUCCCUCCCUUUUCAUUAACGUCACCCCUCAGCACCUUUCGAAGAUAAAAAAGGGCAACAUUCGACAGGAAUUUAUCCCUCCCAUUGUUGGAGAAGCAUCCGGCCGAUGGCACUUUUUCCUUUCAUCUCCCAGCUCGUAAUUCAGAUCUCAGGUUCACCCACUGGUCUAGUGACCCAGGCUCGCCUCUGCGGGAUGGAGGAGGGAGGGGCGGCCGGGGCUCAGGGGGCCAGGAGUCGCGCAGGCCGCCCCACGGAGCUCGUCAAGCAGCGGGGCGGGGAGCGGGGCGCGGUGUCCCAGGCUCUGCGCUCCGCCCCCUCCCGCCGCUGCGGGAAGGGGCGGGAAGAGGAGGAGCGGGAGGCGGCCGCCGCGCCCCCCGCGCGCCCAGCCCUUUAAAGGCUGCGGGCCUGGACCCGAGCGCCGGCCGCCGCGGUCCUCGCACACCGGUGUCCCAGCCAGCGCUCGACCACGCGCUCCAUGCGGCCGCCCACCAUGUCCGGACACUUUCUGCUCGCGCCCAUCCCCGAGUCCUCCUCCGACUACCUCCUGCCCAAGGACAUCAAAUUGGCCGUGCUGGGCGCCGGCCGCGUGGGCAAGAGCGCAAUGAUUGUGCGCUUCCUGACCAAGAGAUUUAUUGGCGAUUAUGAACCAAAUACAGGCAAGUUGUACUCGCGGCUUGUCUACGUGGAGGGAGACCAGCUCUCCUUGCAGAUCCAGGACACCCCCGGGGGCAUCCAGGUCCAAGACAGCCUCACCCAGGCUGUUGACUCCCUGUCCAAGUGCGUGCAGUGGGCAGAGGGCUUCCUGCUGGUCUAUUCUAUCACAGACUAUGACAGCUACCUGUCCAUCCGCCCCCUGUACCAGCACAUCCGCAAGAUCCACCCCGACUCUAAGGCCCCGGUCAUCAUCGUGGGCAACAAGGGGGACCUCCUGCACGCCCGGCAGGUGCAGACAUGUGAUGGCGUUCAGCUGGCCAACGAGCUGGGCAGUCUGUUCCUGGAAAUUUCCACCAGUGAAAACUAUGAGGACGUCUGUGAUGUGUUUCAGCAUCUCUGCAAAGAAGUGAGCAAGCUGCACAACCUCUGCGGGGAGAGGAGAAGAGCCUCCAUCAUCCCCCGGCCCCGCUCUCCCAACAUGCAGGACCUGAAGCGACGCUUCAAGCAAGUUCUGUCUUCCAAGACCAAAGCCCCCUCUGCCCUGGGAUAGACCCCUUCUCCCAUGGACUCAGCUUCUUUAUAUCAUGCAUUUGUGCAGCUGAAAAGACUAGGGGUCGCCCUUUUUAAUCACACAUUCAGAGUUUAUUUUUAUACAGACUGUUGAUUUUCAAGUAUAUGUGUGUUUCUGAAAAUUCAAACAGUGAUUGCCUAGAAGUUGGAUAGUUUUUAGUUUUUUUUCAAUAAAAAAAAUUUUAAAAAAAUAAAAUUCAAAAAAAAAAAUUUUUUUAAUGUAACUGCUAGCCACUUUUCCAUUAAAGGCAAAUGGCAACAUUGCUCCUUGUUUUUAAAUGUCUUUUUAUAGAACUCAUACUUGCAUCAGAGCCCAGAAAUGCUCCAAGCUUGAACUCUGAUUGGUGGUUCGGCAAAGAGGGGCUGAGACAGUGGGAAUCUGUUGUGGAAGAAAGGAAAGUCUGUAGACAAGGAAAGUGACUUGAAUAACUGCAGGAUGUCUUUAAUUUGGGCACUUUGCCCCAGGCGUGAAAUUGACACCAUGUGAUUUCAAGGGAAGGGGUUCACUGCACAGAUGCCAAAAAAUUACAACAUGAAUAACAUUAUUAUUUCUUGAUGCAAAUGGAAGUUUAUCCUCCCCAUGUCUAUUA